CCAAUGAGCAGGUCCGCAGCGCCACUGGAGGCACCAGCCAUCUUGCUUAUUAUGGGAGCGCGGUGUGGCAAUAUUCCCCCCUUUUAUACUGGAAUAAAAUAAUUUAUUCACUGGAAACCAAGGGCUGAGGGGAGCACGUCGGCGGAUGAUCGCGGGCGCUGAGCAUGUUGUUACUGUGCUGCCACCCUGACUAUCCGGCGGCAGCUAGCGUCUGGACCCUAGACUGGCAUGUAGGAUGCAGAAUAGUAACGUGACUCUGCGUUAUCUCCUGCUCUGCCAAGCACCUUGCAAGCCGUGUUUUGUCUCCCUGUGAAGAGACGGCGUUACUGCUGCAAUGCAAUUUUAGCGGACCGCCGUCCACCCCGCAGGAGAGGAGCGAGUGCAUCCCAAAUCCGGUGGGGGGUGUGUUUCCCUGCGCCCACAGUCUCGGAGGAGCCUCUGUCGGACCGACGCCACCGGGAGAAGCAGGUGUGUGAUUGUCGCCCGGGCUCCGGCGUGAGGAGUGGACUGCAGUCCCCGCUACCGCGAGUUUGCAUGGACCUCACCUCACUUUGCCGCAAGUGCGCUGGGUCCCCUUGACUCCCGAAACGCAAGCAAGCCGAUUUUCCUGGGAUAACCCGGCGCUAGUCACCAGGAGCGGGCUUGAGUCUAAACCCAGAAAGAACAGCCAGAUCCUUUGAGCAGAAGGGAAGAAGCUUCAUGUGGAUCUUGACUGAUGUCCAACCCUCCAAAUAAGUAGCUGAACAGUUUGGAUCGCCUGACGAUUACAGUAUUACAAUAAAGCGACAGAUUCACCAUGAAUACAGACAGCGGUGGAUGUGCUCGCGAAACUGCUGCCGUGUUUGUCACAUUAAGACCUAUGAAGAGAGUCCAGAGUUCUCCAAACCUGUAUGUGGCCACAGGUAAUGACUCACAGUCAUCGGAUUCAGAUGUCUGGAGAUCCUACAGUGUGAAUGACGGACUUAGAAAUGGCGAGGCAAGCAGUUCCUCUCUGGCUGCGAAAGGCUUCAGAAGUGUCAGACCGAAUCUCCAAGACAAGAAGUCUCCAACACUGGCGCCACUCCCACCUCCAAGGAGAGACAGUUUUCACAAAUCCCCAAUAAGCACUGUUCCAAAUAACCCACCUAGUUACAUUCACCAGCAUGUGCGUGAACAGUCCUUUGGGACACUGUACAUGAAGAAAACCAGGAAUGAGAAAUUUGUACAGAAGGAGGCUUACUCGAGAAAUACAGGCUCGUCCUUCUCCCACAAGGAGGACACCUCUGUUACAUCAGAGGCCACUAGCUCCACGUUAUCUGUGCCCGGCACUAAUAUUUCCUCUCCGUCUAGUGGAAGCCAGGUUCAAGAGCGUAGAGUUUCUUCCCUCAAACUAACAUCCUCAGAGGGUCAGAGUGCAGCUAGCACUCCCAGAGACCCGCUGACACCUGCGAAUGUCACGAAAGCGAGCCCUAUAGAGCACCGACCCCCAUCACCAGAGGCAUCUAGAAGCCAGCCUGAGAAACACACAGCUUCUCUUUCCAUCCAGAUAGCUCCACAGGCCGCUGGUCAUAGCUCAGUGCCUGGGCCAAAGAGUACCCAGGGUCAGGCCUCGGCCACUUCUUCAGAAACCAAAGGGAUGGACUCAAGCGACAAAGGACAGAGUUCGUCACUUCCUUGCUCUUCUGGGGCUCACGUGCUUGGAAGCCCGAAUGUUUCUUCAAACACUUCCCAGACGCACCUACAGCCAUCGCCGAGCCCGUCCCAUCCGUCCUCCCUGCCGCCUGUUAACAGAUCCCGUUUCCCACCCGAGAGCGGCACCCGUGUAGAGUCUGCGGAAUCGCUGCCCGCUCACCUGCACAGAGCCACAUUCCCGGUCCCUUACUCCCCUUCCGCGUACAGCUGCCCUGGCCCAGACAUCACACUGCAUCUGAGGGAAGCCACUUCCCCCGUCACAGACUCCUCGCUCAGCGAGCUCUCGUCCCGCACCCUGAGCGAGUCGUCCUCGGCUGUUCUGGAAGAGCUCCAGAUCUGUGGUGCUGGCACCAACGAGAGUUCAGAAACACCUUCCCCAACACUGAGUCAGAUGUCUGCUGUCACUGACGACACCACCUUAACCUCCACCGCUACAGUCACUAAUGGCCAGAUGACCGUCAAUGGGAGCUCCGCCACGGCCAGCAGCCCCCUCAGUCAUGUGCAGAGGUCCUUCUCCCCCCCCUCCUGCCCCCCCGCCCCCUCCUCCCUCAGCCCCAGCAUCGUUGUCAUGCAGCACAGCCGGCGCAUGGAGUCGUCGGAGUCCAUCACCCACGAAUCCCUCUCUCACGGCUACUCUGCUGUGAGCACCAUUCCGAUUGCUAGGUCUUCAGAAGAGGAGAAGAGAGUGUCCGUUAUUAAAGCUCCCCAUUAUGCAGGAAUUGGUCCAGUGGAUGAAUCUGGAAUUCCAAUAGCAAUCAGAACGACUGUGGACAGGCCAAAGGACUGGUAUAAGACCAUGUUUAAACAAAUCCAUAUGGUACAUAAACCAGAUGAUGCAGAUGGAGACACGUACAAUGCCACAUAUGCAUUAGUAAACACGGAUACCUACGGCGUGCCUCAGCCGGUCCAGGCCCACCCGGCGCCGAAGACGCACACGUACCGCCCCCUGUCGAAGAGUACCUCGGACAACGGCCCCAGUGCCUUCAAGGAGUCUUCGCCCGUGCCCCCGCCUCCUCCCCCGCCCGCGCCGUCGCCGUCGCCGCUGCGGCCGCGGGACAGAGCCGCGCCGGAAACGAAUGAAUGGGGACCUCCAGACAGAAAAGUAGAUACCAGAAAAUACCGCGCUGAGCCCAGAAGUAUCUUCGAGUACGAGCCAGGAAAGUCCUCCGUUCUGGAGCAGGAGAGACCAACUUCAUUAUAUCACUCUUCAGCAGACAGAACUCCAGAAAGACCGUCAAGCUCAGCAAGUGAUUACAGAAAAAGAAGGAAGUCUGAGCCUGCUGUAAGCCAACAGAGAUCCCAGAGUGAUCACAAUGCAAAUCAGACUUCACCAAGGGCUGCAGACCCACAUAGGAUCAAUAGCACACUCAGAAAGCCAUUGACUAGUUCCUCACCCUCAUCCCCAUCUAGAGCAAAAGGUGGGGAUUUUAGCAAAAUGCACUCACCCCUUUUAAGUUGUUCAGGUGCCAACCACAAUGCCUCGCACGAGUCGGACUACAGCUGCUACAGCGAUCACUCUUUCCCCGUUAUCCCUCUCGGCUCGAAGAGAUCCAUCUGCUUCAAGAACGGGUGGCAGAGCCACCGCCAGAAUGCGGAAAACUGGAGCAGUGCGGAGGAGGCCGUCUCCCCAAAGCUCAAGUCUCGUAGCUGCGAUGACCUGCUGACGGACGAGCGCGACAGCUUGACGGACACGCAGACGCGGUCGGAGAGUGUGGGCUCCCUGCUGUGCGACGAGGAGGCGAAAGGUGCCUGUCAUGGCUGCCGGGAGGGCCCGGACUCCCAGAGGCCCAGAGCCCGUCACCGAUCCGCGCACGACGCGCCCGGGUUCCUGAAGCUCUACAGGAAGAUGCACCACAUCAACCGCAAGGAUCUGCUGACCUCCGAGGUAAUUUGUUCGGUCAGGUCCCGGAUAUUGCAGUAUGAGAAAGAGCAGCAGAAAGACAGGCUCGCGGGAUGGAGGGAGUUCGGUGACGAGGUGCCCAGGGACAUGGUGCCAACGAGGAUUUCUGAAUUCGAGAGACUCAUCCAGAAGUCCAAAUCCAUGCCGAAUCUGGGCGACGAGAUGCUGUCGGAGGGAACUCUCGGGUCCUCUAAAAGGGGAAGCCGCCCGAGGCGUCGCUUUUCCAUCGAGUCCUUGCUGGACGAGGAGAAUCCCAACAGGAAUCCACCCGAGGGCCAACCUCAGUACUUGAAGAGCAAAGCAGUUGUGCCAAUCCACAUCGAAGUCACCAGCGAUCAUCCGCAGCGCACCGCGUCCCAGUUCGACUACUCGGACAGCGAGCACGACGCGCUGGUGUCCGACCUCAGCGACUUCAUCCAGAUCGAGGGCUCUUCCUUCUGCAGCGAGAGCGACUUCGACCAUUUCUCCUUCACCUCCUCGGAGAGCUUCUAUGGGUCGGGCCCCCAUCAGCACCACCACCACCAUCAUCACAAGCACCUGGUCAGCUCCUGCAAGGGCAGGUGCCCCGCCUCGUACACCAGGUUCACUACCAUGCUGAAGCACGAAAGGGCUAAGCAGGACAGGAAGCAGCAGCUGAAGAAGGAGGAGGCGGAGUCCAACCUUUCCAAGUUGGCAUUCCUCGUCAGCCCAGUGCCUUUCAGGAGAAAAAAGUGCUUGCCUCCUCAGAAACAGACUCAUAAGCCAAAAUCUAAGACCUCAGUUUAUGAAGCGCUGGACUCAGCUCUGAAGGAUAUCUAUGAUCACAUUAAAGCCGAGAAGAGGAGAGGAAGCCUCCCGGACAACAGCAUAUUGCACAGACUCAUAGCAGAACUGAUCCCAGAUAUCCCUGAGAGAAACUCCUCCCUCAAAGCCUUGAGGAGGAGGAGCCCCGAGCAGCAGCCUUACCUCCACCCGCCACCAGAUGGCGGCGUGAAUUACACCUCAUACCCGCCAGAUUAUGGAAGAUCACCCUUCAGUGCCUCUUACCAAGAUAUGGAUGCCAACAACAACCAGGGGAAUGAUAAUGCACGCUGCUUUCAAGGUAAAGUGGGAGUUUGUAUGGUGAGGAGAUCUGCACUAAUGUCUUCUAGGGAGCUGACGUUCAAGAAAGGGGACACGGUGUACAUCCUCAGGCAGAUCGACCAGAACUGGUACGAAGGAGAGCUCCGGGGGCAAGUCGGCAUCUUCCCCAUUUCCUACAUCGAGAAACUCCCGCCCGCCGAGAAGCACCUGCCGGCACGGCCGCCCCCGCCGGCACAGGUCCGAGAGAUCGGGGAGGCUGUGGCCAAGUACAACUUCACCGCGGACACCAAUGUGGAGCUCUCGCUGAGGAAGGGGGAGAGAGUCAUUCUUCUGAGACAGGUGGAUCAGAACUGGUACGAGGGGAAGAUCCCAGAGACUAAUAAGCAAGGCAUCUUCCCUGUGUCCUACGUGGAUGUCCUCAAAAAGUCCCCUACCAGGAGUCCAGGCCACUAUCCUGACCCGCCCAUUCCUCAGAGCUACUCCAGCGACAGGAUACACACCUUAGGAUCCACAAAGCCACAGCGUCCGGCGUUCGUCCAAGAUGCUUUACACAGUGGCGGAGAACCGUUUCAGGCUCUGUACAACUACACGCCGCGGAAUGAGGACGAGCUGGAGCUCAAGGAAGGCGACGUCGUGGAUGUCAUGGAGAAGUGCGAUGACGGCUGGUUUGUCGGAACGUCAAGGAGAAGCCUGUUCUUCGGGACCUUCCCUGGGAAUUACGUAAAGAGGCUGUAACAUUGCGGAUUGUUGUCGGUGAUAUUUUCGCCUGCUCAGCACAACUCCUACAAGACAUUGGAUAAGAACAGCCAGAGAAGAAAAGGAAAUACCACACAGACGCGUGGGUUUUACACUGAAGAUAACCUUUAGCUAUAACUAGCCAUCUUUCUAGAAAAGUAGUACGGUAAUGUUGAAGUAAAUUGAAUUAUGUUUCAGUUAUCAACUUAGCCAGGGAGAAAUACAAUGGAGGAAAAAAAAGGAUGGAACUCGUCCCCCAGCUGAAGAAAGGAAUGAGACCCCCCUCUAUCUCGCCACAGUCCAGAGGGGUAGUGCUGCUGAAAAGCAUUUCAUCUCUUUAUUUAUUAGCAGUGAUGUGUGAGAUGUGGCUGUUGCAGAGGGCAAUGAGUAUGAACGGUUCGGCACAGGACGAUGGAAAGCUUCUUUGUUCGAUAUCGUUCUCUUUAUUAAGAAUCUUCAGUGAGUCUUGCUGAUAGAUUCCAUAACUAGGAUAUUGCCUUGUGCAUCGUUGCCUUUUUUCUGUUUUUUUUGUGAGGCACAAUGUAAGUUAGUAUAUUAGAUUACAGUAGAUACAUCCUAUAGCUUUUCACCAUAGGGAGAAAAAGGUUCACGUUGCAUCGGAUGUAGACGGGACUUUGGACUUCAGACUGAAUCUUCCCGAGAGAAAACGUAACCAGUAUGCAGUGUUAUAUUAGUGCCAGGCAUUAUGGCUUUCAUCUAAACCAUUCCUACAUUUAAGUUCAACUACAGUAGAUGAAGGAUCUUGAAAUCUCGUUACUAUAAGAGGUACAGUAUCAGAGGUAUCAAAUUGUACUAUAACUUCAGUGCAUUAAAUGAAACUAGUCUGGUGAGGAGCAUUUGGAGAUUUAGAGGUCUGAAAAAGAUGUCUAAGCUGUUUUGAAUUGAGAUUUUUUUUAAAACAAUUCUUACCAGAAGUUUCUAAAAGUAUUUUACAGAUAAUAAAGACUUGGGUGCUCGAGGUUAAGGAUAAACACCUGUACAUGAACAAAAGCCAGUUUGAAAAUCCUAUCUUAAAAACAGAUUGAAAACUCCCUUUUUUUUUCUUCAUCUGAAACCAAAAGCUGUAAUAGGCAAGGUUUCUAAUGACAAAACUGCCUGCCGUCUGUUUCUAAGGUUUUUGUGGAAGAUGAUUUGGGUCUCGUGUAGUGUUCAAACUUACUGGGGUGGGAGGGCACCUUUUUUAACUAAUCUUGUUGCAUUGCAUUUGGCACUUGCUAAUGCAGAUUGGAGUUGUUUUAUAUGUUUUUUUCCUGUAAUUGAUAUGACUAGAGAAACUGGGGGAGAGUAUACCUGACUUUUAAGGGACAACUAUGAUUUUUUUUUUAAAACAAGAGUUCCUUAAAGAUCAGUAUAAAGCAGUAAUCUGGUCAUUGCGCAUUUCUUUCUCAUGUCCAACAGUCAAAUUCCUUAUAUAUAUAUGUGUGUGUGUGUGUUUGUAUGUAUACGUUAAUUAUUUAAAACAUUUAUGAGGGACGUAAAUCCCCAAAGUUUAUUUAAUUGUUCGGUAACUUGUUUUGAACAUUGCUUGACACAUUUAUUUCUUUACAUAUUGGAGAAGAAGUAACUUCCUGCCACAGCAAGGGCUUCGCCAGAAUAUUCUAGGGAGUGUUGACGUGAAAGCCGUGGCAUCCCGUUAAUUGAAACAGGAAACAGAACUGUGUUUGUUGCAGCUGAAUGGUUCACAUUAACACCACGACUUCUCUCAUCUUUUUCUACAAGAAGCAGUAGAUCCCUCGACAUGUGAAAUAAUACUGUGUAGGCACUCAGUAUUGAAAGUGGUGUGAUUGAAAACACAAACUACACGUAUGGCAGUAUCAUAUUUUAAGCACCUUAAAAUGUCAUUCUUUCGGUUUUCACGUCCAUGCCUGAAUUUACCACAUUGUCUGUAGCGUUUUGUAAGUCUUUUGUAUGGAAGAAUCCACUGCUUUAUAAAGUAUUUCUCACCCAGCAUCAGUUUCCUUUUAUUUUAUUCCUUAAAACGUCUCAUGCAUCACAUUGUUCACAUUCACAUCUAGAUGGUCCAAAUCUGCAAAAUAGAUUUAUGCAAAAUUUAAAUCAUUAAAAAAAAUAUUAACACUAGUAUUACCAGCAAAAAAUAAUAAUAAACUGUGUACAUAAAUCUUUGUAAGUAUUGGGUUACAAGAAAUUAAGAAAUAUACGGUACUCUUUUACAGUACAACUUUGUUACAGCAACUUACAGUGCGUAAAGUUUUGAAUUUUGGGAGAUUUCAAUUUUGAAUUAAAGCAUGCAGCUUUGCUACGAGAGUCACCUCUGUCAGUGGCACUCUUUAUAAUGAACCUGCAGUGUUUUGGUCCGUUCCAGUGAGACUCUUUUCAUUUUAUUUUAGAAGAGUUCUUCAUCUGGUGAGCUCUUAAGGAAAUGAUGCAGUGGCGUUCUUACAAUCAAUGUUUUUUAUGUUUUUUCUUCUUUUGUGGAAUUGUAUACCUAAUAAAUUCUGCCUGAUA